AUGUUCUCGGAUCAUUGCCCUCUUGUUUUGACUUGCUCGGAUAAAAACUUUGGCCCUAAGCCAUUCAGAAUUUUCAACUCUUGGUUGGAAAGAAAGGAUUUUGAAGAGGUGGUGCUCAAGGCGAUUGCUAAUUUUAAUGGGGUUGGGGAUCCGGACGUGAGGUUAUAUCAAAAACUUAAAAAUAUUAUGGAAGCCUUAGUUUCCUGGAAAAAAGAGGUCUUAUCUAAGGAAGUGGAAAUAGAGAUGACUAUUAAGGAAGAGUUAGAACGCUUGGAAGAGGUGGCGGAGGGCAGAGAGUUAAGUGAAGAGGAGGAGUGGACCAGAUCGGAAUGCCUUAAAGAUCUAAAGGAGCUCGAAGGCUACAAACUGAAAGAUAUCAAACAAAGAGCUAGAGCUAGAUGGGAUUUAGAAGGAGACGAGAAUAUGGGGAUCUUUCACGGAUACAUCAAAAGUAGAAGGGCAUGUAACAAUAUACCGGGCCUUAAGAUAAAUGAAGAAUGGAUCACUAAACCUUCUAUGAUAAAGAAAGAGAUUAUGGGCUUCUUCAAAAGGGUGUUCGAGGAAAAGAUCAAAGACAGACCUAAACUCAUAUGCCAGAACGCUAAAUGUCUUUCGGAAGUGGACGCUGCUUCUCUGACGAUUCCUUUUAGGAAAGAGGAGAUUAAAUGCGCGGUGUUUGAAUGUGGUUCAGACAAAGCACCAGGGCCGGACGGUUUCAACUUUAAUUUCAUCAAAAGGUAUUGGAACAUUUUCGAAAAUGAUUUCUUUGACUUGUUGGAUUCUUUUUAUAGUAAAGGCACGAUAGCAGCGUGA